GUCAGAGAGGAAAACACACGUGCGCAGACAGAAUAAAGCACUGUUGAUGGUGAGAGGACACCCUGGGACAUCCAGCAUGAAGUUCCUGGUCCUGGAGCUGGUUUCUAUCUGUCUACUGGGAUCUGGGAUCUGCUUGGAGCUGAUGUCCAGAGACAACAUGGACAGAAGUGUGUCCAAUAGCAUCUCCAUUAAUUCCACUGUGACCCCCAACACCACCUUCACCACCAUCAGCACCACUCAGUCCAGUGGAGGGAGCUCCCAGUCCCCCAGAACGUCCUCUUCCUCCUCUUCCUCCUCCUCCUCUCAGGCCACAGCUGCCGCCAGAGGACAGAGUACAGAAUUCACCUCCAUAGGUCUGCUGCUGGGAUCCUUCAGCCUCCUCCUCUUCUUCCUCCAUCACAUCUGUUAGCCUCCUCCUUCUCCAUCACUCUCCUCCUCCUUCGUUGUCCCCCUCUUCCUCCUGCAGGUAUCUGCAUGUGUGUGUAGAUGCUGUUCAUCACCAGCUGUUUCAUGAUGAACUUGAUGCUUUGAUGUGUUGAUUUAUUUAUGUGAAGUAAACAUCAUAAACAUCCUCCUCCUGCUGUUUGUAGUUCAUGUUUGUAAACAACCUGCAGAAAGUUUUAUGUAAACAAUAAACUAUUUUUACUCGUCAAGAAAUAUUUUAAUUCAAAAUCAGAAAAUAUUGUGUGUACACGAGAGAACUAACAGCUACCAACAGGUACCAUCAGCUACUAACAGGUACCAUCAGCUACUAACAGGUACUAUAAGCUACAAACAGGUACUAUCAGCCACUAGCAGGUACUAUCAGCUACUAAGAGGUACUAUCAGCUACUAACGGGUACCAUCAACUACUAAGAGGCCCUAAUAGGUACUGUCAGCUACUAACAGGUACCAUCAGCUACUAACAAGUACUAUCAGGCACUAACAGGUACUAUAAGCUACAAACAGGUACUAUCAGCUACUAACGGGUACCAUCAACUACUAAGAGGCCCUAAUAGGUACUAUCAGCUACUAACAGGUACCAUCAGCUACUAACAAGUACUAUCAGGCACUAACAGGUACUAUAAGCUACAAACAGGUACUAUCAGCCACUAGCAGGUACUAUCAGCUACUAAGAGGCACUAUCAGCUACUAACAGGUACUAACGGGUACCAUCAGCCACUAACAGGUACUAUUAGCUACUAAAUGGUUCCAUCAGCUACUCAC